UGAGGCGGUGCAGAGCCCGCCUUCGUGGGCGCUACCCCGCCUUACAGACCCCGCCCGGCCUGAGUCCCACCUCACCGCUCUGGCUCGCUCUCCGCUUCAUCUCCCCUUCCCUCCGCAGCUCCAUGGCGUUCACCCAUUGCGGCGUGGUACUCCUGGGGCUCCUGGGGGUCCUGAGCCAUGGCAACGCCUCAGGUCUUCUUGAGCUCUCCUUGGGAAAAUUCAGAAAUGUGCUGCUUAACCAGACCAAUCCAGUGGAAGCUGUUAUCAGAAACAUUGCAAGCAACGUGACUGUCAUUAUUUUUCAGGUGCAUGCCCAGCAAAGUGAUGUGGUGAUAUCUUUUGAUAAGAAUCCAUCUGUGAACAGCUCAGGAACUGGAGUAGACAAAGGACUGGUUUCCAUCCUUCGGCCUCAACAGACCAUAUGUACAUGGUAUCUUCAGUCGCUGGAUGCUAGCCAGGUGCUCAGCACAGCUAUCUCUAUCCCCUAUAUGGAGAAAGAUCCUAUUCCUGGUGGCUGCAAUCUAGAGUUUGACUUGGAAGUGGAUCCAAAUAUUUACCUAGACUAUACACUGGUUGAUAUACACAUCAAGUUUGCCCCUGCAAACUUGGGAUAUACCAGAGGAGCAAACCCACCAUCCUGUGAUUCAGGGACUGGUCAGAGCUCCAGAUGGCGUCUACAUUAUGAUGUCUACCAGUACUUCUUACCAGAGAAUGACCUUUCAGAGAUGGUACUCAUGAAUCACAUACGGAAGAUGUCCGAGGUGCAAAGUAUCAAAGCUAAUGGCUUUAAAAUGCUUACGCUGACAACUGAUGACAAGACCAAUGUCUAUUUUUCCUCACUUCCUGGACAAGGUGUGAUCUACAAUGUCAUAGUAUGGGAUCCUCUUUGGAAUACUUCUGCUGCAUACAUACCUGUGCAUACAUAUGCCUGCAGCUUUGCUGACCUGGUGGCUAACUGCUCUUCCCUCAGCAAACUCUCUACGAAAAUAUUUUUCACUGCUUUCGCUGUUCUUGGUCUCUUCACUUGCUUCUUUGGUCACAGAUUCUGGAAAACUGAUUUAUUCUUCAUGGGCUUUGUAUUUGCAGGAUUCUUCUUCUUUGUAUUCAUUACAAGAGUAACUAGCCUUGGUUAUGAUGAGCGUCUUAUUUUGACAGCAGUAGCUGGAAUUACAGGAGGGCUUUUCCUGGUUGCAAGCUGGUGGAGAUUUGGCUCUGUCUUACUCUGUAUGUUUAUUAUUGGACUCGUGCUGGGAUUUCUCUUUUCAUCAACAGUCUUCUUUACUCCACUAGGAGACUACAGGGUCUUCCGUGAUGAUGUGGUGUUCUGGGUGACCUUCUCUUCUGUAGCCUUGAUGAUUCCAGUGCUUUUUGUUGGCUGUCCAAGAAUUCUGAACAUCCUGGCCUCUGGAGUAGUAGGCUCUUACACAGUGAUCCUAGCUAUUGCUUGUUAUAUCUACACAAGUCUGGCUUAUAUCACAUUAGAUUUACUCAGAAGGAUCCUCAAUGAUUACUUCAACAGAGCUUACACCAAUGUGCCUUUUCAAACAAAUGACUUCAUCAUCCUGUCAGUGUGGGCAAUGCUGGCCCUCAGUGGGGUAACUGUGCAGCUUCGCCGAGAAAGAAGCGAAGUGCCCUUCCCCCCGCACCCCUAUCUCACCUGGAAGCGGGAAAGGGAGCGCAGAAGCACCAAUGUCUUAGAUCCUAGCCAUCAUAUCCCUCCCCUGAGAGAGAGGAUCCAUAACAAGCUCCUGCAUAUCAAAGACUUCUUUCAGAAAGAGCAGCCGGCUGGGGAGAGAACUCCACUGCUUCUGUAACCUGCUGAACAACUGAUGGGAACAGUGAGGAAGAAUCCAAGAGUGGUGAGAUCACCAGCGAACCAGCCAGUGGUGCAGGAUUUGCCACUGCUGAUUUGUCCUGCUUAAGAGGAUCAUGUUUGCCCAGCUUGAAAGAGAAGUUAUCUGUCUGGUACACUACAUGCUGUUUUGUGACUUUUCUCAAUGGCCUGCUGUAACAUGUAUGCCUAGCUGCAAUAUCUUGUACUAAUGGUCAAGUACAGGUAUUUAUCUCAUGGUGACCUAAUUUGAUGUUCAGUAUAACACAACCCUUAGAAAGCAGCCUGUACAACACUGGUUCUUCCCUCACAAUGUGGAAACCACUGCUGAAAUAUUGCCUGAUUGGCUCUUGAAGGUGAGCAGUCUGGCAAAUUGCGAGGGAUGAGCAAUAAAGACCAUACACAGAAGGAGAUCAUCCAGUGGAACUGAAAUACCACCUUCUAAUAGAGGUACAAAAUGUAUGGCUGCAGACACAAUUGUUUCCAAGAGGUAUUACUGAACUUUGCAAGCUAAACUAAAUGACUUGAACGUAAACUGCACUGAAUUAACUAUUCUAAGUAGGCACACUGGGGCUCAGGAAGUGGACCUGAUCUGAGACAAGAAGACUCUCCCUUGCUUUUGGAUGGGAUGGUUCUGUAGCAAGCUGGUCAUCUGGUCUCUGUGCAGAGAUGACUGCUAAGAGGACACAAGAGGUUUGCUUCCUUGUUUUCUUUCUGAACAGCUUGUGUCUUGUUUCUGCUCUGGUAUAAUAUCUUUUUUUUUUGUUUUGUUGGUGCUGAUAUAAAAGAAAAAACAUUUAAAUAAGUUCUUUGUAGCCAAUGGCAGUUUUUUUCUUAAACUGGUUGAAACACUAACUGUUUCUAUUUUUAAUGAAUCAGUCUUUUAAUUUUGCUUUUAAGAGGUGAAAACAGUAUCCAGCUAGUAAAAUACUGACCAGGAUCCUUGCUGACUGAAUAUAUUCCUUCCCAAUUUGGAUUGCAUCUGCCCAAAGCAGGCUGUAGUAUGAGAAUGGAUACAGGAUCACUCUUAUGUUCAGUGAAGGACUGCAGUCUCAUGUGAUGGCUUUAUUUACUUCCUUAAAACAAAACAAACAACCAUUUUCAAAGAGCAAACCAGAGCAUUGUGGGUUUGGGUCACAUAAUAAAUGAACAAGCAGUCCUGAGGCUGGCCUUGAUUUCUACCUGCCCUUGCUCCACUCAUGCCCAGUCCUGGUCUUCACAUUAACUAUUUACUAUUUAAUGCAUCUGUCAUGCAUUAAAUGAUGGUUGAAUUCUUAUAUCCUCUAUCUUGAUACAAGUUAUGGUGGUUCUUCCUUAUUCUUCUCAAUGCCUUUAAACUCUUAGUGUGAGCAGCACAGUGUGUUAGUCCUCGCUGUAUGAAGGGGAAUGGCUGUUCUGCUACGUGUAUGGAACUACCCCUACCUUAGGUAGGGGGAACUUAAGUUCUCGACCACUACUUUAAAUUCUUGGUACUAAGUACAUAAAAAACAACUUUAGGGAAACUGGCAAAAGAACUUUAUCUGGAGACUCAGUUGAAAGUUAAACCACUCUGGCAAGAGAAAGUAAUUACUUCAAAAUUAUUCUAUGUAGCAACCAUUUUUCUUUAAGGAGUAAAAGCUUAAUGACAUAGUAUCUGAGGUGACUGAGCUCAUCUGAUGUUGAAAGACAGAAAUCCUGUGAUUUCUUGGAGCUGGAACAUUGGCUUCAAAUAGCAGAGCAAGGCUGAAAUUACUCAGUUUGAGUCCUGCUUCACGGUGCUGUUGUGUGGCACAUGGGGGUAAAUGAGGAGCUCUUUCCCUGCUGGCCUCUGGCAGGCUGAUGCUGACUGCCCUUACCAUGCUGGUACUGAGCACAUCUUUGCUGUAGUGAUGGCAAAUAGCAAACACUUACUUACUCUACAAAUGCUCUUAAACAUGUUUACCAUGGGGUUUUUAUAACUACUGUGAUUAACAUUGUU